AUGCAUGGAUCUCAUGAUAUCCAUAGCUCGGAUUUGAUUGCUACGCUUCGUUUCUCGCAACAAGCAACUAUGAUCCUUGAUCGGCAUCCUGAGACAAGCUCUUUCUUUUUACCUUCAUCUGCCCCAGAGAAUCCUGAAGAAUAUGGGAAAACAGAGCAACUUUUCUUUUCCUCUUUGCAAACUGGAGAUGAUAAAUCAGCGCAACGAUGUCUUGAUCGAUUAACCCAACGCUUCGGCCCUUCAAAUGAAAGAAUUAUGGGAUUACAUGGACUAUACAAAGAAGCCAUCGCGGAGGAUUCCUCAGCCCUGGAAAGAUGUUUACGAGAAUAUGACAAUCAACUUUUGGAAAAUCCAGUCAACUUGCCAGUUCUCAAGCGCCGGGUCGCUCUACUCUGUGCAAUGUCCCGACCCACAGAUGCCAUAACUGCUUUGAUCAAGCUCAUAGAGACCACACCAACAGAUGCAGAGGCUUGGUGUGAGCUUUCAAGUUUAUACCAAUCUCAAGGAAUGUACUCCCAGGCAAUAUUCAGUCUUGAGGAAGUUCUUCUGAUCACACCUAAUGCUUGGAAUAUCCAUGCAUGCCUAGGAGAAUUGUUAUACAUUUGUGCCUCUUCACCGGAGACUCAGGCACCCCACAAGUUGCUAGCGAGGUCAUUGCGUUUCUUCUGUAGAAGCAUCGAGCUUUGUGACAAUUAUUUGCGGGGAUUAUACGGCUUGACAUUAGUUUCAUCGCUUUUGCUCCAGGAUCAACAUUCAAAGUAUCUACCGCAAGAUCACUUGGUUGCACAACCUGAGGAUACCCCCCUUAAAAGUACCAUCCUGGAGCUGAAUGCUGUUGCCGUGAAGAAACUUCACAGAAUUCUUCAGGCACAACCAAUGAAUUAUCAAGGAAGAGAGUACAGCCAGAGCGAGCUCAUUGCAGCGAAAGAGCUUCUUAACCAGUUCCAUGGAUCACACUGA